AUGCCUUUCGCUAAACCCACCGUCGAGGACAACGAUGAUAGCAGAGUGUUGGGAUACGACCCAUUGCUCUCGCCUCAAUUCCUCCAGACAGAGGUCCCUGUGCCGGCUGCUGCAGUAGAAACCGUCCGCGCGAGUCGUAAGGAGGUCAUUGAGGUCAUAGAACAGCGUGAUGACCGCCUUCUCGUCAUCUGCGGGCCAUGCUCGAUCCACGAUCCUCCAACCGCUCUCGAGUAUGCCGGACGCCUAAAAGCUUUGUCCGACAAGUUGAAGGGUGAUUUGUGUAUUAUCAUGCGAGCAUAUCUAGAGAAGCCUCGGACAACUGUCGGGUGGAAAGGGUUGAUUAACGAUCCCGAUAUCGACGAAUCGUACAACAUCAACAAGGGUCUUCGCAUCUCUCGAAAAUUGUAUGCUGAUCUGAAUGGUAUGGGUAUGCCGAUUGCCAGCGAGAUGCUUGAUACGAUCUCGCCUCAAUAUCUUGCCGAUCUUAUCUCCCUUGGUGCCAUUGGUGCCCGUACCACUGAAUCUCAAUUACAUCGUGAGCUUGCUUCUGGGCUCAGUUUCCCCAUCGGUUAUAAGAACGGCACGGACGGAAGCAUUGGGGUCGCAAUCGAUGCAAUAGGUGCUGCGGAGAAACCACAUCGUUUCCUGGGAGUGACCAAGCAAGGCCUGGCUGCGAUCACCAAGACAACCGGUAACGAGCAUGGCUUCGUCAUCCUCCGCGGUGGUACCAAGGGCACCAACUUUGAUGCCGAGAGUAUCGCCGGUGCACGCGAGCAGCUCGCUAAGAAGAAACAGCGUGAGAUUCUAAUGGUUGACUGUUCGCACGGCAAUUCCAAGAAGGAUCACCGAAAUCAACCUUCAGUAGCACAGGCGGUUGGCGACCAGCUACGCAAUGGCGAAGAGGGUAUCAUUGGAGUCAUGAUCGAGUCCAAUAUCGCUGAAGGCAACCAGAAAGUCCCGCCAGAAGGGCCUUCGGGACUCAUCAAGGGUGUCAGCAUCACCGACGCCUGUAUUAACUGGGAGACGACUGUUGUCGUCCUCGAACAACUUGCAGAAGCCGUACGUACGAGGAGGGAGGUCCGUUCCAAGAAGGCCUAG